AUGCCCCCUCAACAACAUCCUCCGAAUUCGCACCUCAAGAAACCCACCAACACACUUCUCAGUAAGAACACGACCACUCCUCCUUCGAGGAAAAAUUCGGGAGCAAGUAAUGUCGUUGUUGUUUCUGGACAAAAUACAACAUCUCCGAAUAUAUUACCAACACAACCAUCAGCAUCGACAAAUAAUGAAGCAACACAGCAGAAGAGAACAGUUCAAAUGAUUACACCACCUCCACCUUCAUCAUCAUCAUCGGCAAGUGGUACUGCUAAUGCAUCUUCUCAAUCAGCACCAAGUAAAAGAGGAAGAAAGAAAAAGCAGGAACAAACAAAGAAGGAAUUAUUUAUUAAUACAGAUGUCAAUUCAUCAUUGCCAGUUGCUUCAUCGGAUGAAGGAAAACAACAAACAACAGCAGAAAAAUCAUCUAAUAUUCCACAAGCUUCACCUCCAACGAAUCCGACUACACCAACAUCUUUCGGAAAGAAGAAAAUUCGUCCAACAUUUGCAAUGGCAAAAAUUAGAAGAAUAAUUCAAUCGGAUGAGGAAAUUGGAAAAAUUGCUGCUGCCGUUCCUGUUCUUGUUUCUCGGUCGUUGGAAUUAUUUAUUCAAGAUCUAGUGACACAAUCGGCAAAAAUUACAAAGAGGAGAAAUGCCAAUACGGUUACACCAGCUCACUUGAAAGAAUGUAUUGAAUCUGAGGAACGUUUUGACUUUUUGAAAAACAAAGUUGCAAAUAUUCAAAUUUUGGCAUCCGCUCAAGGUGAAUCAGCUGUCAUGAGCGAUGAAGGAGAAGGUGCAAAUACCACUACGGCUGCUGCUGUGGAAAAGCCAAAAAAGAAGGGAGGAAGGAGAAAGAAGAGGGUCAAGGAGGAAAUGGAACACGAAGAUGACGAAGAUUUUGACCAUGAAGAACAUUAUGCAGAUUCAGAAAAUACUCUUCCAACAGCAUCGUCAUCAUCACAACAAGUAUCAUCUCAAAAGUUUCCAACUGCUUCUACCGUAUCCAAUCCAGAAACCUUAAUGGGGCAACAAUCUACACCAUCGUCGUCGCACUAUGCUCCUUCUGGUGUUGGAGGCAACCAGUAUAAUACUUCGACUACAUCAACUUCUGCAUAUGCUUCCUCAUCGUCAUCGGUACUUCCUCAAUACACCUCCACAACAUCAGCAGCAGGUCAGCAACAACAGCAAUUACCGCCACAGCAAUAUGCUUCAUCACAACCUCAGCAAUACUAUUCACAGAAUUCUCACAAUUAUCAAUAUCCCUCUUCUCAGCAACAACAAUUUUCACAACCACCACAACACAUGCACCAUGGUGCUGAGACCUCUGCAUCCUAUCCUUUCCCAGCAAGUGCUGCAGCAAACAUGUCAUCCACAUACUCUUAUCCAUAUCCUUCAUCAACACAAAAUCCACAAUCAAAUUCUACAAGCUAUAACAACACUGCUUACCACCCUUCUCAGCAGAGUUAUUCGAAUCACACAUAUCCAUCCUCUCAUCAACAAACACAGCUACCAACAACUUCCUAUCACUCCACAGAUCAACAAUAUUACCACUCUCAAUAUUACCAACCUCAAAAUUAUCCUUCUCAACAGCCUUACAACACAAUGUCAACACCAUCUUCCUCAAUGCAGCAACCACUUUAUGGCCAUUCAUCCUCAAGUACUUCUCCUCCUACAGGUUCCUCAAGCCAGCAAGCAUUUGUAUUGCCCAGCAUUUCAUCUCUCACGAGCCAGCCACCCCCUCACAUUUAA